AAAAAUCAAAACUCUUGGGUAACAUACCCCCUCCCCUUAAUGAAACUAACUUCAUAAUUCCAUAGCUGUUGAUAAGUGGACAUCAUCCCUAAGAUCAGUGCUGUUAAAAGUAUACCUCUUUUGUCCCACUUAGCAAAAUGUGGUCCUGCAUGAACUAACCAUGUGAAACGUAUUUGAACCCCAAAUAUGAAGAAUCAUUCAAAACAUUUAACAGCUACAAGGUUCCAGUAGGUAAUUGCUAGUUUGACCACCAGAUGGCUAAUUUGGGUCAGAUAACAUGACAGACAUAGAUAUAGGGAAAGUUCCUCUGAAUUACAAUGUUUAGAUUAUAAAUAUAUAGAUAUACCUGUACAUGUAUUAGAUUACAUGUAGUUGAUGAACCUAGUUGAUGAUCUUUAAAACAAUAUUUCUACAUGUAUUUUGGAUGUAGAUUUCAAAUAUGGUUUUAUUUUGACUCAAUUUUGAAUAUUUACUGUUGCAAAUCAAGAUUAUUUCUACAUGCAUCGAUCGAGUCCAUUAACACACUUCUAUAUGAUUCUUCUAUUUUUCAGGACUUUCAGGAGUUAAAAAACGUAAAUCAAGGGAGAAAACAACGGCAAAGCGAGCAAAGCGUGAAUCGGCAUACAAACUAGAAGACAUGAUACGUGUUCAUAUAUCUGAAAACCAACAGACUGGGGAGCAGACGAAGAUGUUCCGGUGUGUAUUAUGCCUCCGGGACUUUGUAGAUAGAAGUAACAUUAGACAGCAUGUUAGGAUCCAUACUGGUGAAAAGCCAUACACGUGUGUGUUAUGUAAUCAAGCCUUUACUCAGAGUUCAAAUCUUAAAAGACACGUGAACCUCAGACAUCUUGGCCUGAAGGAAAAUAAAUCAAAGCUCGGAAAAGCUGAACAACUGCUUUAUACAAAUAAGUUUCAGGGGGAUUUAAGCCAAAUGGUUUCACAAGCAGUUUCUUCAGUUCAGUCUGAGAAUUUAUCAACUGCAUGUUCGGACAACCUUAAUCAAAGUUCAAUUCCUUAUCAAAACCAAUCUGAUAUUGAAAAUAUGUACCCACCAAGUUCGCAAGAUUUAGUUCAAUACAAACCAGAUUCUGAAGGUGACAAAUACCAAUUACCUCCUGAAGAUUCAGUUCCUUCAAAUCCUGAAAAUUCAGUUAAAUAUGAACCAAAUCCUGACAAUUUAGACAAAUACCAAUCAACUCCUGAUGAUUCAGUCCAUUCAAAUUCUGAAACUACAGUGAAAUGUGAACCAAAUCUUGAAAAUUCAGUAAAUUCCCAACCAAAUCCUGAAAGCUCAGUUAAAUAUGAACCAAAUUCUGAAGAUUCAGUUGAAUACCAACAAAAUCCUGAAAGUUCAGGCAAAUACCAAACAAACCCUGGAGAUUUAGUAGAAGAUCAUGUUAAUUUUGAAGACCCAAAUUCUUAUGCUAAUUCUACAGUGUCAAAGGCAUACCUAUCAAAUCCAGAAGACACCAACACAAAAGAAUGAAUGCCAAUGCUACCCUUGGUAUUAUGAGAAUACAGUGAAAGCAAAACCUAAGUGGAACAUCUUUGGUAUCUCUGAAAGCUGUUCCACCUGAAAGAGGUUCAUUUAACAUUAAGUAAGAGGGGAGGGUUUUCUCUUAGGAUGUUCCACUUUAGAUUUCACUGUAUUUUAAAGAUCAGGUCCCCACAGCUACUAUAGUAGCUUAAAGGUGCAUAUAUUGUCACAUGGUUGUGCUUAAAUUAAUGAUAAAGAUGUAUAUUAAUAAAUCCUGGCUAUUAUUCCUUUAAUCAGGCCUUUAAUAUGGUACCUUUAAUAUGACCCUAUGUUCACAUAUCACUACACCUAAU